UCAAAACCCCAUUCCAACUUCAGCAACAGCAGCCGCAAGAACUGCUUCUUUCUUUUCUGCUUCUCACCGAAAUCUUCCCCUUUCAACUCCGAUUCGGACGCAAUGCAGCAAGGGCAUCAAUGGCGCGCCACCACUGGUAAGAACCUUUUCCUCUCCUCCUUAUUUCUGUUUUGCACACCCAAAAAACGAAACAAUAACAGAGAAAGCAAAUAAAAAAAAUCACCUUCAAAAUCUGCUUUUGUCUUUCCUUUUGUAUUUUUAAUAUCUUUCUAAUACAACCUUCAUCUCUCCCAUUUACAGACUCGAAAUUGGAUUUAAAUGUACCCAAAAUUUACAAAAACUAUUUUCCUCUCCUUUUUUUCCUACUGCUAUCCCUUCCCCUUUUGCUUGCUGCUCGUGGUUCUUUUUAUUGCAGGUACAUGCGUGUAUGGGAAUUGCUGCGACGUGGGGCAUGCACGGCGCUGGAGGUUGCUGAGACGUGGGAUGUUGUUGCGAGGGAAGAACGUGGGCAGUUGCGGCAUGGGGCGAUGGUGGCGUCGAGGCUCUCUGCUGGUUAGGCUAGGGAUUUGGGUUAAUGACUUGGGCUUGUAAUGAGUUUGGGCCUUAGGCUUAGUUGGGCCCGGGCAAAAUUGGGUAUUACAGAUGCCUUGAGAGUUACCUGUGAUGCAUGACUGGAGAACGACUUGGGGACUGGUUUAGUUGGUUAGCUUUGGCAGAAUGGUGGUAUAACUCCACCUUUCACACCGCCAUCCAAAUCACUCCUUAUGAGGCCUUAUAUGGACAGCCCCUCCGUAGCACUUACCUUACUUGGCAGGUUCCUCUAAGGUUGAAAGCGUAGAUCGCAGCUUGCAAACAUGAGAGGUUGCCCGACAAUUGCUCAAAUAUCAUCUCAAAUGUGCUCAAGACCGUAUGAAGCACUAUGCAGACAAAAAGAGGAGUAUAAGACAAUUCCAAGUGGGAGACUUGGUCUACUUAAAAUUACAUCCUUAUAGGCAGCACUCCUUGCGGAAAAUUUGAAACUAGAAAUUGUCUCCAAAAUAUUUUGGGCCGUUCUUCAUCGUGGCCAAGAUUGGUACAGUGGCUUACACCUUACAACUGCCAUUUGGGUCUAAAAUUCACCCCACAUUCCACGUUUUGCAGCCGAAGCGCCAUGUGGGACAUCAACCUAUGUCUGUUACAUUGCCACCUAUUGGACCUGAUGGCAUGCUGUUUAAAGAACCAGCUCGUAUUGUGGAACGUCGUGUGGCAAAGAAAUGUCACCAAGCUAUUACUGAAGUCCUAGUCGAACGGGCCAACUCCUUUCCAGAAGAUACCACUUGGGAAGUUUUGUCUGACCUGAAGAAACGUUAUCCAACUUUUGAUCCUUGAGGACAAGGAUCUUUCGAUGGGGGAAGUGUUGUUAUGGGAGGAAAAGCUGGUCUAAAAUAGGUUUUUAAAUUUCUCAGUUGUAACCGUUUUUGUUCUUUUCCCACAAGGCAACCUUCUCCUAUCUGUAUAAUACCAGCAGAAGGGGAGUAGGAAGAGCCAUCUAUUAUGAAAUGAAGUUUUUCUCUUAACCUAUCUUUUCUCUAUUCUCUACUCUUAUUUCUCGAAUUCUGCCUUUCUCUUAUUUCUAAAAAUCAUUUUGUAACAAAUUCCCCAUUUAUUAGCUGAUGACUGCAACAAACAUUAAAACACCCUUAUUUAUUUGAUUGGAACAAAUAUAAAAAAUAUUUUUUUAAUGUUUGCUGCAAUCAUCGGUUAAUGAUUUUUAUAUGGGUGACGGCUUAGUUCGGUAAAGUAGCCUUACCUUUCUGAUUUUAGCUGUUAUUACUGUAGAAAGUCUUUAUUUUGGGUUGGAGUCGGGCAUGUCAAUGGAGUCAAGCUAUGGGCCAGGGGCUCACACCAUCAAAGGAAUACCAACUCAUGGUGGACGCUAUGUUCUGUACAACGUUUAUGGUAACCACUUCGAAGUUUCCAGAAAAUACGCCCCUCCUAUUCGCCCCGUCGGCCGUGGUGCUUAUGGUAUUGUCUGUGCUGCUUUGAAUUCAGAGACACGUGAGGAGGUUGCUAUCAAGAAAAUUGGUAAUGCAUUUGACAAUAGGAUUGACGCCAAAAGGACAUUGCGAGAGAUCAAGCUUCUUCGUCACAUGGAUCAUGAGAAUGUGAUUGCCAUCAAAGACAUCAUACGGCCUCCGCAGAGGGAGAACUUUAAUGAUGUCUACAUUGUUUAUGAACUGAUGGACACUGAUCUUUGGCAAAUCAUACGAUCUGACCAACAAUUGACAGAUGAUCGUUGUUGGGUUGGUAUCAAAUGCAUCCUCUCGUGCACUUGUUGGUAUCUGGCGCCAGAAUUACUUCAAAAUUGUUCUGAGUACACUGCUGCAGUUGAUAUUUGGUCGGUAGGUUGCAUACUGGGUGAAAUGAUGACCAGGCAACCCCUCUUCCCUGGAAGAGACCAUGUGCAUCAGUUGAGGCUUAUCACAGAGCUUAUAGGUUCACCUAAUGAUUCCAGCUGUGAGUUCCUUCGAUGUGACAAAUCCAGAAGAUACGUUAGACAGCUUCCACAAUACCCAAGGCAAAAUUUUUCUGUUAGAUUUCCUAACAUGUCACCUGGUGCUGUUGAUUUGCUAGAGAAGAUGCUUAUCUUUGAUCCCCAUAGGCGCAUUACAGUCGAUGAAGCUCUAUGUCACCCGUACUUGGCACCUCUUCAUGACAUCAAUGAGGAGCCUGUAUGCCCAAGGCCUUUCAGUUUUGAUUUUGAGCAGCCAUCUUUUACUGAAGAAAAUAUCAAGGAGCUCAUCUAUAGAGAAUCUGUAAAAUACAAUCCAGACCCAAUUCAUUGAGGAUCAUUUGUUGUAUGGUGUACCUAGUGCCUUGUGUUUGCUAUAAUACCAUGUAGAGGCUCAUCAGUCCAUCUGUGCCUCGGCCUUGAAUACUCGUGAACAGAAUGAUAGUUUAUUCCACUUUCAAUCCCUUGUUGCUCAUCAGAGUGAGCUUCGACUCCUAGUUGGAGGCUUGUUAGAGAGAUUAGUUAAUCAAGCUGAUGAUGCUAUUAUCAGUUCAUUCUAUCUUGAGGAGUAAACCAGUAAUAUGCACGUCUGGAGCAUGUGUUUAAGUCUAAAGUCAUGUAGGUUUUCCUUGGUACAGUAAUAUACAAUAAGGCUUCACUGCA